AUGGCUGCUCCCGACGCGAGCAAGUUCACCACCUCCGACCAGAUCUUCUCCGCGAGCCACACGCUCCCGCAGAUUCGCUCCAUUCACAAGGCCCUUCAUGUCGAGAUCGAGGACAAGGCAAGCCGCCUGCGCACGCGGGUAGGCGGAUCUUAUCGCGACCUGCUGGGCACGGCCGAUACCAUUGUGCAGAUGCGCAACGACAACGAUGCGGUCCAGGAGCUCCUUGGUAACAUGGGCUGGCGGUGUGGCAGGGCGGUGGUGUCGACAAAGGUUGCUGGCAUGGCCAAGUUUGUGGAAAAAGAACGCAAGUCGGAUAUUGCCGAGGCUGCUAGGCAAAGGUUGCUGGAUGGAUGCCUGUUGGUAGUCGGUAGGCUGCUGAGGGGUCGUGGAGAGCUGGACGAGAGCAUCAAAACAGGCGACAGACUGGUGCUGACGGCCAAGGUGUGGGUAUUGAGCCGCCUCCUGGUCAAGAGUUUAGGGACCGAGUUCCCCAGCGACGAGGCUCGACAAGUCGCCGAUGCGGCCAAGAAGAAGCUCGAUAGCCUGCGCCGCCGGCUCAAGAGAACCCUGGAGAAGACCAUGGAGAAGGCCGGUGGCGACUCUGACAGGGACGACGUGCUAAAGGCUCUGGCUGCGCACAGUCUUGCAAAUAGCUCCGGCGCCAAGGAUACUCUACGGCACUUCUUUGAAGUGCGCUUCAAAGCCCUGGCAGUGGCCUUGGAUUCCGAGGAAGACGAGCGUGUCGGAAGCUCAGAGGAUGUGAUCCAGAGCCUCACGCUCUACGCCCGAACUCUGCUGGAUGUUCAGGCUUUGGUGCCAAACAAGCUCUCACAGGCGCUCAAUGCCCUGACAAAGAAACCCCUUCUGGAGGACGCCUCGCUGCAGAAGCUGGAAGGACUACGGCUCGACAUUUUUGAGAGGUGGUGUGGCGAAGAGAUUCAAUAUUUUACACCCUUUAUCCGGCACGACGACCUUGACGGGACGCAGGCAAGGGAAAUGUUUGACGGCUGGGUUGAAAAGGGCCAACAAGUGUUGCUUCGUGGUUUGAGCAAGACGCUGGAGACCAUGCAGGAUUUCAAAUCCAUAACGGAGCUGCGGACAAGCCUUCUUCAGCUAUGGAUACGCGAAGGCAGUAAAGUGCGAGGUAUCGAUCCCGAAGAAAUGCAAAACAGUCUGCGAAAGGCCGUUAAUGCGCAAAUGCUUGCCGUUUUGGACUCAAAGGUCACCAAGCUUCAUAUUGUUGGCUCCGAAAUAAAGGCUACGCUGGAAAGCUGGAAAGAUGGUUCGACAGGGAAAGUGCCAGGGCUAUGGGAUGAAGAAGGCUACGAGGAUGCCCUGUCCAACGGAGCUCGCCCGUUUCUGCAAGAGGUCGCGUCGCGAUUCUAUGGCCGCAGUGAUGCUGUGUCAAAGGCACUCAACUGUUACUACUCCUGGUUUCAUAUCAUCGACGACGUGAAAGAGGUGGUAGGGCAACUAGAGAAGCAGCGAUGGGAUAACGACUUUGACGAAAUCGAAGAUGAAGAGACUAUAGAGGCGAGACAGCAGUUGUUAAGCAAGGAUGACCCGAAGAUGCUGCAGCAGAAGCUAGACACCAGCCUUGAUGCGUCCUUUGAAGGCCUCGAAAAGGAGAUGCAGCAGCUGUGGGAUGGCAAAUCCGAGAGUGGCAGCAGCAGCGCCAUCGCCAUGUACCUGGUUCGAGUCCUGAGAGACAUUCGUCGGCAAUUGCCACAACGUGACACCAUUAAGGAGUUUGGCCUGAGCAUGGUUCCCGCGCUCCACCAGACAAUUGUUCUCUCAGCGUCAGAAUCUCCUGUGGAUGAAUUCGUGACGGCUGGACUCUCUGGGAGGAUAGCAAUUGGUAGACCUCUUUGGGAGGGCAACCCUGCAUUACCAAAUCAGCCAUCGCCAGAGACUUUUCAAUUCCUCCAUAGCUUGUUGCUCUCUCUGUCGGCGGCGGGAGUUGAUUUGUGGACUGCAGCUGCAUUAGCCGCUUUGAAAAAGCAUGUGAGUCGGCGGCUAUGCGAAGCUUGGAAUCAAGAGCUGCAGAGCAGAGUAUUUGAUAAGGAAGUCAAGGAAGAAAAGGAGGACGCCGAGAAGGAAGUAGAAAAGCCGAAAGAAGAGGGUGAGGAGGAAGAAAACAAGGCAGAAGAGGCCAGUGGAGAGGAAGAAAAAGAACCAAAGGAAGAUGCAGAGAAAGAGGCGGAGCCAAAAGAAGAUGGCCAAGGAGAAGACGGCGGAGAUGCAAAGGAAGAGACCGAGGAAAAGGAAGAGCUUGUCAAAGAUGAAAAUGACAAGGAGGCUGAGAAAGAGGAGGACGAUACGUCCAGCAAUGAUCAACUGCGAGAUCUUUGCGUCCAGUGGUUGUUCGACAUUUCUCUCCUCCGGCUCUCAGUCGGAAAUGAAGCGGGCGAGACGGCAGAUGAGUUCCAAAAACUGGAAGAUGCAGUAUAUGAGCGCAGCGGCCUGGAAGAUUCAUCACGGCAACACGUCGGCAAGGCAGCAAAGCACUUUUGGAGCCGGACGAGCCUGUUGUUUGGAUUAUUGGCAUGA